AUGGAUUCCAUAGUUCUAUUAGCCCUUCCCUCUGUUGCUGUUCUAUUUACAUGUGGUGGGAAGAAGAAGAGAAAGGAGAAGACUCCUACAGGAAAGGCUUCGAAAGAAAGCAAGGAGACUCCAGUAGCUUCUUCAGAUUCUACCAUAAAACCUCAUAGUGACGAUGAGCCUCCGAAAGAAAAGACAAAGUCAGCUGAAGCAUUAGAGAAGAAAUCGUCAGAAAUAAAAUCGAAAUCUGAAGACAAGAAGAAGAAAAAAGGGGAUUCGACAAAGAAAUCCGAAGGUGAGAAGAAGACGAAAACUGUGUCGGAAGAAGAGAAAAAGAAAGAAGACGAGAAGAAAAAAGAAGAGAAGAAGACAACAGAGGAUGAGAAUAAGGAGAAAGAGGAGCCGAAAGGAACUGUAAAUCCGGAGGAUAAGCGAGCAGUCGUUAGUGAUCCCAUCGUAACUCCUGAAACAGAUGAGUAUCCGACACUUGAGGAUGAUGCGGACAAGUCGAAGAAGAAUGGGGAAAAGGAGAAAACUGAUAAAGAUAAGGAGAAGAAAUGA